AGCCUGUCUCUCUUGCUGGGUUUUGGAAGCUGUAUGUAAUGGCAACAGAAUUUUUAAAGAGUUGCUGUCGGGGGUGUUUCUAUGGUGAAACAGAAAAGCACAACCUUUCCAUGGAAGGAGACUUCAAGGGAGCAGCCCUAAGUAGCCAACACACCACCAUCUGUACACCUCCACUGGCCUCUGUUUCUGUAAAGCCUCAGGUUGGCUGCACUGAGGAUUAUUUACUUUCUAAAUUACCAUCUGAUGGCAAAGAAGUACCGUUUGUGGUACCAAAGUUUAGGUUAUCUUAUGUUCAGCCCAGGACACAAGGAACUCCUUCCCAUAUGGAAGAACUUGAAGGAUCAGCCAGAGCCUCUUUUGGAGAUCGAAAGGCAGAACUUACCAGUUCAUCCCUGCAUGGGACUAGCUGUGACGUAUAUAACCCAUUCUAUAUGCAGCGGCACAUCUCACCAGAUCUGAGUCGGCGCUUUCCUCCUCACCCAGAAGCGAUGAAGCUGUAUGGAUCAGUUUGUGAUUUAAGGACCAAUAAACUUCCUGGUUCCCCUGGGCUAAGCAAAUCUAUGUUUGAUCUUGCAAGUUCAUCUCAGCGAUUCAUCCAGAGACACGACUCACUGUCCAGUGUGCCGAGUAGUUCUUCUUCAAGGAAGAAUUCUCAGGGGAGUAACAGAAGCCUGGAUACAAUUACACUAUCAGGCGAUGAAAGAGAGUUUGGGAGAUUGAAUGUGAAACUGUUCUAUCAUUCUUCACUGGAGCAGAUCUGGAUCUCAGUGUUACAGUGCAAAGAUUUAGUCUGGCCCUCUAGUUAUGGAGACACUCCUACCAUUUUGCUAAAAGGAAUACUAACUUUGCCUAAACCCGUGCAUUUCAAGUGUUCACCUAAAGAAGGCUCGAAUGCUAUUGAAUUUAUGGAAACUUUUGUAUUUACAAUUAAACUCCAAAGUCUACAAACAGUAAGACUUGUUUUUAAGAUUCAAACUCAGACUCCCAGGAAGAAAACCAUUGGCGAAUGCUCACUCUCCCUGAGAACUCUGAGCACUCAGGAAGUAGACUACUCUUUGGACAUCAUGCCACCGUCAAAGAUUUCAGUUUGCCAUGCAGAGCUUGAAUUGGGGACUUGUUUUCAAGCAAUAAAUAGCAGGAUUCAGUUACAAAUUCUUGAAGCACAAUACCUGCCAAGCUCAUCAACGCCUUUGACUUUGAGCUUUUUUGUGAAGGUGGCAAUGUUCAGCUCCGGAGAUCUGAUUUACAAGAAGAAGACGCGCUUGCUGAAGGCCACCAGUGGACGGGUCAAGUGGGGAGAGACGAUGGUUUUUCCACUGGUCCAGACUGAAAAAGACAUUGUUUUUCUCCUUAAGCUUUACAGUCGGAGCUCUGUACGAAGAAAGCACUUUGUGGGCCAGAUUUGGAUAAGUGAAGACAGUACUAACCUGGAAGCAGUGAACCAGUGGAAAGAGACAGUUACAAAUCCCGAAAAAGUUGUUAUCAAGUGGCACAAAUUAAUUCCAUCUUGAAG